AAAAACGCAGCACCGCCGCCUGAAGCGAUAACUUUGGGUUUGGCCGAAUACUCUCUUGAUCUUUCAUCGUCUUUGGUUUGUCUAACCAACGAAGAUGGCGGCGCUUGUAGGGCUGCGCGCAUGUUUCUCUGCCCUUCAGCUUUCUUCACCAAGCCUCCUGCACAGCUCCUUUAGAUUGUGUGCUGUGCCUCUGAGUCGGCGGACCUUUGCUGCAGAGGCUAAGAAGACAUACUCCCGAGAAAAGCCCCAUGUGAACAUUGGAACGAUUGGCCAUGUUGAUCACGGCAAGACCACCCUGACGGCAGCCAUCACAAAAGUGCUUGCUGAUGCUGGUGGUGCUAACUACAAAAAGUAUGAAGACAUUGACAAUGCCCCCGAGGAGAAGGCCAGAGGAAUCACCAUCAACGCCUCUCAUGUAGAAUACACCACAGCCAACAGACAUUACGCUCACACAGACUGCCCUGGUCAUGCUGACUAUGUCAAGAACAUGAUCACAGGCACGGCUCAGAUGGACGGCUGCAUCCUGGUGGUGGCAGGCACCGACGGCCAGAUGCCCCAGACACGCGAGCACCUCCUGUUGGCCAGGCAGAUCGGCGUCGAGCACGUGGUGGUUUUCAUCAACAAGGCCGACGCUGUGGAGGACAAGGAGAUGCUGGAGCUGGUGGAGAUCGAAAUCCGCGAGCUGCUCACAGAGUUCGGCUACGAUGGCGAGAACACACCCGUUAUAACAGGCUCUGCCCUCUGCGCCCUGGAGAACAGAGAGCCUGACCUGGGUGUGAGUGCUGUGAUGAAACUGCUGGAGACGGUGGAUGCUUACAUUCCUCUGCCCAAGAGAGAGCUGGACAAACCUUUCCUCCUGCCUGUUGAAGGGGUCCAUUCUAUCCCAGGCAGGGGUACAGUGGUGACAGGCACCUUGGAGAGGGGUAUGAUCAAGAAGGGAGACGACUGUGAGUUUUUGGGUCACAGUCGCAGCUCCAAGUCUGUGGUUACAGGUAUCGAGAUGUUCCACAAGUCUCUGGAUCGGGCCGAGGCAGGUGACAACCUGGGCGCUCUGGUCCGAGGCCUGAAGAGGGAGGAUGUGAAGAGAGGGAUGGUGAUGUGCAAACCUGGAUCUAUCAAGCCUCACCAGAAAGUCAAGGCCCAGGUGUAUAUUCUGAGUAAGGAGGAGGGAGGCAGACAUAAACCGUUUGUCACCAACUUCAUGCCCGUCAUGUUCUCUCUAACCUGGGACAUGACCUGCAGAAUCUCUCUGCCCGCUGACAAGGAAAUGGUGAUGCCGGGGGAGGACAUCUCCUUGACUCUGACGCUUCGCCAGCCGAUGGUUCUGGAGAAAGGCCAGAGGUUCACUCUGAGAGAUGGGAGCAGAACCAUCGGCACUGGUCUGGUCACAGAGAUCCUGACUUUUACAGAUGAAGACCAGUGCAACUGGGGCUGAAGGGAAACUUCAGAGUAAACUAGGGAACUGGGAGGUGGGGAUUGAGGGGACUCGGGGUGGGGUGGGGGUAUCUGUGUCUGGUCAAAUCAAUGAAUUCUAGAAAUAUAUAAAUACAUAAACCCAGAGGAAGAAGUGGAGAAGACUUGAAAAAAAUUCAUGGCUCUUUUUCAAAUAAAAUACCUGUUCAGCACUGUCUUUGUGUUUAAAGACCAGACUGUCAAAAUUAUGUCAUUUAUGUAAUAAAAAUGUAUUUAAUAAUAAAAAUGCUUCCUUUGUUUUGUGGGUAUCAGUAACCAGAUGAUUCUCCAAAAUGCAGACUCUUUGAGAAACUUUGUGUGUAUACCUCUGGCUGAAGGCUGAAAAUGAAAUUGCUUGCCACUGCAUGUUAUACGCUGUACUUGCCACAUGAGGGCAGCAAAGGAAAUCUUCUAGCAGCAGUUAUGUCAUAAUUAUUGUUGGUCAGUUGUGCUCCUCUAUUGUAAUAAAAUACUCUUACAUAGUG